AUGGCCUUCAUUGCAGUUCUGGUGUUUUUGAUGGCUGGGAUCUGCCCUGCUGUCCACUGCUGCUCAGGUGGCACACUAGGAUGGCAUACUGAAGUCCAGAAAGACCAAGAUACUAGAAAACAACUGGACAGUUUAACACUGGCCUCCAUCAACACUGACUUUGCCUUCAUUCUCUACAGGACGCUGGCACUCAAGAAUCCAAAUAAAAACAUUGUCUUCUCCCCAUUUGGCAUUGCAACUGUCUUGUCCUUCUUGUCUCUGGGAGCAAAGGGCAAGACCCUAGAAGAGAUUCUAGAAGUUCUCAGGUUCAAUCUUACAGAGACCCCCAAGGCAGACUUCCACCAGGGCUUUGGGCAUGUCCUACAGAGGCUCAGCCAUCCAGAGGACCAGGUACAGAUCAGCAGAGGCAAUGCCCUGUUUGUUGGAAAGCACCUGCAGAUCCAGAAUGAGUUCAAGAGGAAGGUAAGGGCUCUGUACCAGACUGAGGUAUUCACAGUUGACUUCCAGCAGCCCCGUGAGGUCAAAAAGCUCAUCAAUGACUAUGUGAAGAAACAGAGCCAGGAGAAAAUCAAGGAGUUGGUCUCAGACCUGGAUGGAAACACAUUCAUCAUGAUAGUGAGUGACCUUAUCUUUAUGGGCAAAUGGAAGGUGCCAUUUAGUCCUGAUGACACAUUCAUGGGAAAAUUUAUAUUGGACAAGAGGAGGCCUGUGAAGGUGCCCAUGAUGAAAAUUGAGGACCUGACCACACCCUACUUCCGGGAUGAGGUGCUGAAAUGCACUGUGGUGGAGCUGAAUUACAAAGGCGAUAACAAGGCCAUGUUCAUCCUCCCUGACCAGGGCAAGAUGGAGCAGGUUGAAGCCAGCUUACAGCCAGAGACCCUGAGGAAGUGGAAGGACUCUCUGAGGCCCAGGAUGAUAGAUGAGCUCUACUUACCCAAGUUCUCCUUAUCCCAAUACUACAACCUAAACAUCAUCCUUCCAGAGUUGGGCAUUAAGGAAGUCUUCUCCCCACAGGCUGACCUGUCAGGAAUCACAGGUGCCAAGAACAUAACUGUCUCUCAGAUGGCUGUGCUGGACAUGGCUGAGGCAGGCACAGAAGCAGAUGCCAUCUCGAGAUUAAAUUAUGACAUACUGUCUGUUAAAGUUAAACCUAUAUGUGUUAGCAUUGAGGAGCAAUUCCUGUACUUUAUUUUAGACCCAGAUUCUGUGCUUAUUCGUUUUAUGGGCAAGGUUGUCAACCCUUUAGAAAACUAG